GAGAGAUGUACGACAUGUUUCACAUUUGGGACUUCAAUAAUCCUGCCUUGUGUAGAGCCAGACUCUACUGCUCGACCUUCUCAACGAUCAGCUCAGCGAUGAUUCUGUUGGCCGUGGCGGUGACGAGGUAUCGGAAAGUAUGCCAUCCACAUAAGUGGCAGAUCACAAUAAGAACGGCUAAAGUAAUCAGCAUCGUCCUGGCUACUGUCGGAGUUCUGGUCUCUAUACCGUACGCAAUCCUCAACGGACGUCAAACAAAGCCGACACCACGCUCUGACAUCCACGCCUAUGAAUGCACAACUGACGAUGAGUACGUCAACACCAGUUAUCCACUAGCCAACUAUGCUUUCUUCUUAGUGAUGUAUAUUUCUUGCUCUGUGUCCCUUACAGUGCUUUAUAUUCUCAUAGGUGCAAAAGCCUGGAAACACAGUAAAAUACACGGAGCAUCUCCCAGUACACCUAUGCCAGCCUUGGAAAAUGCAACCAGUUCAAAAUACACUUCAAAAGUAACGGAGUCGUCCAGUCAGCAUAGCUGUACUAGUUGUGGUAGCCCCAACAGUAAGAGUGUAGACACGUCGAUUGCUGUCGAGUCCGCUAUUAGGAUCACUAGCUGUGCUGGAGAUAUUAACAUUAAACAGUUUCAUGUAGGUGGCGAUACAAUUGAGUCCCCAAUUCAGUAUAGUAUUCGUGUUUUCACAGAUCGGAUUGAGGUCCAGACUACAAUGGUUGGAGAGUUCUUUGCUAAACUACAACAAACAAAACCAGGUCUCUUGAAGCUUCCUAGUUAUGUAGACAGUCGGGAUAACAGUAUUUGCAGUGUAACCAAUCUUCAAGUAGAAGACUGCCUUGGAGAGAAAACUAGCGCUCUCGGCAUUAAACGGAUAGACAGCGAUGACUCCAACGACGGUAUUUAUGAUAUUGAUUCAAAUGGGAGAUUGACUGAAAGUUGCCCAGACGAUUUUCUUUACCAAGAAGACAAACUAGUAGCAGACAGGAUAGAUGACAAAAUAAAUGAACCAUUAAACACAUUUCGCUCAAAACAAUGUUUUGGAAAUAAUGGUCAAGAAUAUAAUAAUCAUAUUCUGAAUCUUCGCAAUGAAGUUGACCAGGACAAACAGUAUCCAGCAUCAGCAGAUACUGAUACAGAUGAAGUUUCAGAUGAAUCUGACCCUUUGUCCGUGUUUAAGUGGUUGGAUGUUAUAUAUUCUCCUGAUGAAGGACACAGUACAUUGUGCCCAUGCUGUGUCCAAAGAGACGCCAGUCUUUCUUUUAGACUCUCUCUGAACAACAAUUUACUUCAGAAAACUGAAUGGUUGAGAACUAGGGUACUCGACGCUCUGGGCGGGCACGACAAAUCGACAAAAGGCAAGUCUUUUUUCAGUGUGUUAGAGCAGAAUCCUGCUGUAACUAACACACAUACUAGCAGCUGCGGUCCUGUGGCCUGUCACAACAAGAGCCUGACUGAAUCUGUUCGUCCCCAACACAACACUAACCUUGCUAGAAACAGACUUCGGGAAAUUGUAACCCAAAAACUGUCCUCACUUAAGAUCGGAUCGCAACGACAGAAAAUACGGAGACGACCUAUUGGUCGAACAACCAUUAUGUUAAUUAUUAUUAGUGUCAUUUAUAUCCUAGGUUAUCUUCCGCAUUUAACAUUAAUGCUUGCCAAAUUCUUAUCCCCAAGUAUGCUUGUCAACAUGUCAAUGGUAGAUCUCACAUUCUACAAUCUGUUCCUUCGAACUUACUUUCUCAACUGUGCAGCUAACCCAAUUGUGUACAGUCUCUGUGACAGCAACUUUCGGCGUGCGUGUUUUAAAGUUAUUAAGUGUUCCUAA